ACUGAAAGACGAACUGUUUUGCCUGUAGUUGUGUUAAUACAAUGAAAGUUUAGAUGCGAUCACCAUAUAAGUUAAACGAUGAAAAGGCCUGGAAUGAGGAGAGAUGACUAGAAACGAUUCGGUUGGCCAUUUUAUGUGUGGAUUAAUUGUCGGAGUAGAGGUCCUUGUGCAUUUCAGAUGGUGCGCUAUGCACAGACCGCAGCCGCCCCGGCAUCUGAGCCCAGGAUCAAGAAGUUCCAGAUCUACCGUUGGGACCCAGACACAAUGGGGGAUAAGCCACGCAUGCAGACAUAUGAAAUUGACCUCAACAACUGUGGCCCCAUGGUUUUGGAUGCCCUCAUUAAAAUCAAGAAUGAGAUGGACCCCACGCUCACAUUCAGACGCUCCUGCAGAGAGGGUAUCUGCGGCUCAUGUGCCAUGAACAUCAACGGAGGCAACACACUGGCCUGCUUAAACAAAAUAGACAUCAAUACCAGCAAACCAAUCAAAAUUUACCCACUCCCACACAUGUAUGUUGUCAAAGAUCUGGUGCCGGACAUGAGUAAUUUCUAUGCCCAGUACAAGUCCAUUGAGCCCUUCCUGAAAAAGAAAGAUGAGUCUCAGGAGGGCAAGGAGCAGUACCACCAGACUGUGGAAGACAGGCAAAAGCUGGACGGUCUGUAUGAGUGCAUUCUCUGUGCCUGCUGUAGCACCAGCUGCCCUAGUUACUGGUGGAAUGGAGAUAAGUAUCUGGGCCCUGCUGUCCUCAUGCAGGCCUAUCGUUGGAUGAUUGAUUCACGUGAUGAGUUCACAGAGGAACGACUGUCGAAGCUCCAGGACCCCUUCUCUCUCUACCGCUGUCAUACAAUCAUGAACUGCACUAAGACAUGCCCCAAGGGACUCAACCCAGGAAAGGCUAUUGCUGAGAUCAAGAAAAUGAUGGCAACAUAUAAAGAGAAAGUCAUUAACCCUGUGAACAUUGUGGAUAACCACCGGACUUGAAAUCUACUAGUAAUGACUCUAAUGCUGAAUUUUCGAUUAAACAUUAGCCUUUCAACAGUGUCUGUCCCUUUCAUUAGGCUUUGCACAUGAAAAAAGAUACAGGCAGCCUAGAAGAUACUGCUGAUUUUAUAUAUGUGAGAGUGGAAUAACUGCUCCUCCUUCUAGAAAUGUUUUUUUUUUCUUCUAAAAAUACAUACAAAAGUAAUGUUUGAUGUGGUGAUAGAGCUUAUUACUCAGUGUGUGUGUAGAUUGUACAGCAGAGGUUGGCACAAGGUACUGGUCUACAAGUAUUUAAGAUUUUGGGGGGGAUUUUAGUUUUUGGAGAAAAAAUACUAAAACCACCAGGAAUUCAGCAAAAAAUGUGUUUCGUUUAGGAAAUCUGUUCAAGUAUUCCCAUUAAUAAAAAAAGAUGUGAUUGUG